GGAGGGAAAUGACUGGUAAGCGUGCUAUGGCCAGUUCAGGCCAUAUAUCGAGGGUCCGGUCACUCUAUAAGAGAAUUCUGAUGUUGCAUCGCUUUAUGCCCAUUGACCUGAGAGCCCUUGGUGAUCAGUACGUGAAGGAUGAGUUUCGCAGACACAAAUCUGCGUCUCCAGAAGAAGUGAAACACUUCAUGAAGGAAUGGGAGGACUACAAGGACACUCUCCAGGCUCAGGUGCUGGAGGCAGCAGGAAAUAAGAAGCUUUUGUUUGGAUCUGAUCUGUCUGAAAAGAAGCUCCAAGACUUUCAGGAUGAACAGAUCGGACAGCUGUAUGAACUGAUGCUGGAGUCCACCAAACCCAACAGGCAGUUCCACCUCCAGGAAGACCACCCGCCAAAAUGAGAGACUGCUACACUGAAAAGAAGUAUAUUACAUCAACACAGUUUUGUCUUUCGGUUUAUUUUCUUUUGGCAAUAAUUGUGUUGAUGUAAGAUAUUUUCUUCAUGUGGAAAUGAUUCAAUGCUGCACUAUUUUUCAGUGUAAAGAGGCAGGAAAGCAGGAGGAAAGGAGUGCAGAGGCUGGGCUUCAUCUCCUUGAGUGAAGUUGGCCCACUGGGACACAUUGGGACUUAAGUACUGUACUCUUCCCCACACCAGCUGCUAUUAAGGAGGUGUAAUUAUAUUAGUGUUCUGACAUGUGCUGUUGUGACAAGUUCAAGUCUCUGUGGAUUUUCUUUUUUUCCUGCUAAUCAGUUGCUGUCCUUAAUGUUUUGUUUGUGUCCUUAACCAUUAUGUCUUUGGGUUAUUGAAAGUGCCAUAAAAUUAUUAUGAUUA